GGAUGGGAUGCUGGUUAUCACUCUGCCGUGCUCCAACAAACCGUGUUGAUCCCCUCCCACUGUUUUGGUCUCCGUCAUGCUUCUUUAGCUCCCCAUUAAUGCUCAUGCUUCGUUCGUCGCUUCCCCACAAAUGUCCCCCUUCGGCCCGUCCGAAUGCCGCUGACCUCUUGCUCUCCCGCCUGACAGCUAGCCAAGCUCCUCCGCCAAGGCCAGCGACGCAGAGAUAUAGAUAGCUGCACCACCCGGCCUCAUCGCCGACGGCCUCUUCCUCGCUAUCUCUGCCCUUGUCUCAUAGACGUAGCACCGCUUCAACCAACUGCUCUCACUCGCUUGAAGCUGCCUGUCUCUGGUUGAAUAUAUGGUCUUGACGACCUCUCAUUGUUGACUUUAAUACCCUUUCUUUCAAAUCUAUUCUUAUUCUUAGUCUUCACCACUUACACAUAUCGACGGGGCACCUUGCAAGAUGUUGUCCAACCCUCUUCACCGGUUCUCCCCUUACCACACCAUCCCCUCCACCACCCUCCUCUCCAAUGGACAUGUUCCAGCUGGCCACCUUCACUCUUCCGGCCUCGACGGUCUCUCCCAAGGAUCCCACUACGCGCUUCAGCAGCUCCAGCAGCACGUAGGAGUGCACAACCACCAUCUGGCUAGGCCGGGCCCACAAGCUAAGCACAGGCAGCAUCCCUACGGCCCUGCCGCGAGGGUCACCGGCGCAGCAGGUCCCAUCCGGAGGAGGAUCAGCAGGGCGUGCGACCAGUGCAACCAGCUCCGGACAAAGUGUGAUGGCCAGCAUCCCUGUGCCCAUUGCAUUGAAUUCGGGCUCGGCUGCGAAUACAUCAGGGAGAGGAAGAAGCGAGGCAAGGCUUCGAGGAAAGACCUGGCCCAGCAAGCUGCCGCACAGGCUGCAGCGGCGGCAGCGGGCCAGGGCGGACGGAAGUCUCCCUCCAACGCAACCGAAAACGGCCAAUCCACCGAGAGCCGGAGCGACAACGCCAGCUCAACCAAGCAGAUCAUCAGCAUGUCUCAAGACCAACCGUCCAACGACAAGAGCAUGAGCGAGAUGGGCGACGAUGCCAUCUCCAGGGCUCAGAGGACCGGGAGCAUUGACAGCCUGGACGAUAUGGGUAGCCACCAGGGGCACAUGGCCGGUCACCCCGGUGCCAUGGGCAGAGACCACCUCGACAGCCCGACCGGGUUGGAUCUCAGUGGCUAUGGCAACGUGCAUGCUGCCUACGAGCGGCAAGGGAUGGGCGCGCACAUGAUGAACGGCGCCGCCAAUGCCCCAUAUGGCUCGAACCAAGGGCACAUGUCCAACUACCCCGACCUCCCCUACGCGCUGCAGACCCAGAGCCCGACGACGUACUCGACAAACGGACCAAACUCGUUCCGCCUGGGCCAGAGCCCGCUCGGUGGUUACCCCAUGGCUGGAGAGACGACCUCGCCCGGCUGGAUGAGCAUGUCCUCGCCGCCGCCUCAAUAUGCCUCCCACAUCCCGCAGAACAACAACUACGGCCACUCUCAGAUGCGCUACCCGGUGUUGGAGCCUCUGAUCCCGCAUUUGGGCAACAUGAUUCCGGUGUCUCUGGCCUGCGAUCUCAUCGAUCUAUACUUCGCCAGCUCGUCAUCCGCCCAGAUGCACCCCAUGUCGCCAUACGUUUUGGGGUUCGUGUUCCGAAAACGGUCGUUCCUGCACCCUACUAAGCCGAGACAGUGCCAACCAGCUCUCCUAGCAAGCAUGCUGUGGGUUGCUGCACAAACGAGCGACGCGCCAUUCCUGACGAGCGUCCCCUCCGCCCGUGGCAAGAUCUGCCAGAAACUCCUCGAGUUGACAGUCAGCCUCCUCAAGCCGCUGAUCCACACUCCGUCGGGUGACGUCUCGCCCGUCUCCAGCCCCAUCGUUGACGGCGUCGCCCUGGGAGGCCUUGGAGUCGCCCUCCCCGGGAGCAUCAGCAUGGACGCCCUUACAGGCGAAUCCGGCGCAUUCGGCGCUGCCGGUACUCUGGACGACGUCGUCACCUACAUCCAUCUUGCCACCGUCGUGUCGGCGAGCGAGUACAAGGGCGCCAGCCUGCGCUGGUGGAACGCGGCCUGGUCCCUGGCCCGUGAGCUCAAGCUCAACCGGGAGCUGCCCCAGAACUCCCCGUCCAUGAACCUGCAUCAAGGAAACCCUGGCGAGAUUGACGCCGACGGGGAGGACGAGGAGGACAUGGGCAACGCCAAUUCCGGCAUCAUCACAGAGGAAGAGCGCGAGGAGAGGAGGCGCAUCUGGUGGCUGGUCUACAUCGUUGACCGGCACCUGGCCCUCUGCUACAACCGGCCCCUCUUCCUCCUCGACGUUGAGUGCGCGGGGCUCCUCCAGCCAAUGGACGACACGGACUGGCAGAACGGGAACUUCCACAACUAUGCCACGGACCCCAACGUCCUCGCAUCAGACCCCUCAGGUGCCAGAACGGGCGGGCCGCCCUUCGAGUGCAGCGGCCACAGUAUCUUCGGCUAUUUCCUGCCGUUGAUGGCCAUCCUAGGCGAGAUCGUGGACUUGCAUCAUGCUCGGAACCAUCCUCGCUUCGGAGUCAGCUUCAGGUCCUCGCGCGAGUGGGAAGAGCAGACGGCCGAGAUUGUUCGCCAUCUCGAGUCUUACGAGCAGAGCCUCAAGAGAUUCGAGCAGCGGCACCUCAGUGCCAAUGGGCACGCCCACAACGCCGAGGACAAUAACGAGAUGCUGCAUGACGGCCUGCCACACGACGUUAGCACCCCAUCGGUGCAUUCAGUCCACAGCGGCCAUACCAGCACGAGCCGCAUGUCGGAAAGCGUCAUUCAGACCCGCAUCGUGCUCGCCUAUGGCCAUCACGUAAUGCACGUGCUGCAUAUUCUGCUGGCGGGAAAAUGGGAUCCCAUCAAUCUCCUCGACGACAACGACCUCUGGAUCAGUAGCCAGGGUUUCAUCACCGCCACUGGGCACGCUGUUUCCGCCGCCGAGGCCAUCAGCAACAUUCUCGAAUUCGAUCCUGGCCUGGAGUUCAUGCCCUUCUUCUUCGGCAUCUACCUCCUGCAGGGCUCGUUCCUGCUCCUUCUCAUCGCCGAUAAGCUUCAGCUUGAGGCGUCGCCGAGCGUUGUCAAGGCUUGCGAGACCAUCAUUCGUGCACACGAAGCUUGCGUCGUGACUCUCAACACGGAGUAUCAG